AUGAAAUGCCUCUCUGUAAUCUCUUUUUAUUUCCUUCUCUGCUUUUAUGUAAUUCAAAGGGUGUCAUCUGAAAAUGCUCUCACCCCUCCAAGAGGUUGGAACUCCUAUGAUAGCUUCAGCUGGAUAAUUUCUGAAGAAGAAUACUUAGAGAAUGCAAAUAUAAUUUCUCAGCGGUUACUUGUUCAUGGAUAUGAGUAUGCUGUUGUGGAUUACCUCUGGUAUAGGAGUCUCAAGGGUACAAAUAAUUCUUUUGGUUUUGAUAUGAUUGAUGAAUGGGGGAGGAUGCUCCCUGAUCCUGAAAGGUGGCCUUCUUCAAGAGGAGGGAAAGGGUUCAUUGAAGUAGCUAAUAAAGUGCAUAGCAUGGGUUUAAAGUUUGGGAUUCAUCUUAUGGCUGGAAUCAGUACACAAGCAUUCAAUAACAACACACCAAUACUAGAUACAACAACGGGACAAGCAUACAUGGAAUCUGGUCGAGUGUGGCACGCAAAAGAUAUAGGCAUCCAAUCAAGGGCUUGUAAAUGGAUGACUGAUGGUUUCAUGGGUAUAAAUGCAACAACAGGAGCUGGAAAAGCCUUUUUAAGAUCGAUUUAUGAGCUAUAUGCUUCAUGGGGAAUUGAUUUUGUAAAACUUGACUGUGUGUUUGGUGAUGACUUGGAUUUGAAUGAAAUAAUAUCUGUAUCAAAGAUUCUCAAUGACUUUAAUCACUCCAUUGUAUUCUCUCUAUCUCCUGGGGUCAGUGCAACGCCACAAAUGGCUGAGGCAGUGAGUUCACUAGUUAACAUGUACCGUGUAACAGGAGAUGAUUGGGAUGAAUGGUCAGCAGUUUUGGCUCAUUUUAAUGUAUCAAGAGACUUUGCUGAUUCUAACUUGAUCGGAGUAGAAGGUUUAAAGGGAAAAUGCUGGCCUGAUUUGGACAUGCUACCAUUUGGAUGGCUAACUGACGCAGCUGUCAAUGAAGGACCACACAGGUUUUCUAAUCUUAAUCAAGAUGAGCAAAGAACUCAGAUGACUUUGUGGUGUAUGGCAAAGUCUCCUAUUAUGUAUGGAGGGGAUCUACGGAAGAUUGAUGCAUGGACCUAUGAUCUUAUCACAAAUCCUGCCUUGUUGGAGAUCAACGCUUUUAGCUCAAAUAAUUUUGAGUUUCCUUAUAUCGCAAUAUCAAACGGUGCUGAGAUUGAAGGGCAAAAUUUCACAAAAGUACCGUUUACUCGUUUCCUAGUCACUGGAUGCACUGAUCCAAAAGCAAGUGGGUGGUAUAGUGAAAAAUAUAACCAAGGUCUUGAAAGAAUCUGUUAUAAGAAGGAUACACAAAAGGAUCAAGAGGAACCCUUCUGCUUGCACAAGAGAGAACUUACAAGGGCAUCAUCAAAUGAAAAAAGUAUGUAUAGAGGGAAAUUACAUUUAGCGGAUAUCAACAAUAAUGAAUUUUGCUUGGAUGCUUACCCGAAAAGAACGCUUACUAAUAAAGGGGUAAAAAAAGAGAGUUCAUUUUCUCCAUGCAGAUUCAAAGCAAGUCAGAUAUGGGAGUUAAAAUCUAAGACGCUGGUUAAUGGUAAUUCCGGCACAUGUGCAGCAGUGGAAUUUGCCCAAGUUGAAGCUUUUCCUAAUGGGAUUCGAUCGUGGAUUGCAUCCGGAAGAAAAGGGGAGAUCUAUGUUGCUUAUUUCAAUCUAAAUGAUGAGAACACGGCAAUAUCUUCAAACAUAGUAGACUUGGGUAAUGUGCUGCCAGGUAAAAGAACUUUGAAAGGUUGCUCGGGAACCGAAAUGUGGAGUGGAAAAACCAUACAAACAAAUCAGUCGUUAUCUGCACAAGUGCCGAGGCAUGGUUCUGCAUUAUUUGUCCUCAAUUGCACUUUAAUUUGA